UUACAAAGUAACUUUUCCAGUGAGGCAAGCCAGUCCAGCAUGUUCGGACCUCCUAGCCAAUCAGAAGCAGCGGAUGCAGCAGCAGGAGGUGCAAUUCCUCCCACUUCGUCUUUGUCCUCCUCUCCUCCUUCGUCCUCAACUUCAGCUUUUUGCCCCGUCAACGUCUCCUCCCGACACAUUGUAGAGCGUCAGCCCCGGAUGCUCAACUUCAAGGUGGAGUACCGGCAGCGCACUGUAGAGCUGGUACUGGAGGAAGGCAGCACAGUCGGAGAAAUCAAACAAAUCCUCGAGACAGAGCUUGGGGUUCCAGUGUCCAAAAUGCAGCUCAAGGGAUGGAAGUGUGGAGAUGUAUCCGAUAGUACGGUGAUGAGAAGUUUACACCUGCCCAAAAACAACAGCCUGUAUGUCCUGACUCCCGACAUCGCCCCUACUGCCAGCACCAGCAAAAACAGUGAUCUCCAAGAGUCGUUAACCCAGAACUUCCUGCUGGUCAUCAGCCACCGCGAGGCCCAGAGGGACUACAGUCUCAACUUCCCUGGCUCCAGAACCAUACAGGAGGUGAAGAGGAACGUUUCAGACUUAACUAACAUCCCUGUCCGGCAUCAACAGUGGGAAGGAUGGCCCGUGUCAGCGUCCGAUGACUCUGUAAGAAGCACAGGCACACAAAAACACAAUCUAAAAUCUAACACUUGUUACCCAGACUUGCUAUAA